AAAACCACUCAGUCCUAUUCACAACCGGGGGGUGCGUAGCGAUAUUGCUUCUACAUACCAAAGGUGUGACGUUAAUCUUCAAAUCCACGGAGAAUAAAGGUAAUUAAUUAAAAGAGACAGAAUGAGGAGGUUUCUGUCUUUCAUCACCUGGGCUCUGCUCUGCUGCCGGACAACGCAGGCAGAGGUCUUCACCUCCAUAGGCCAAAUGACAGACCUGAUCUACACAGAGAAAGAGCUGGUCCAGUCUCUGAGGGAGUACAUAAAAGAAGAGGAGUCCAAACUUUCUGCUUUGAGAAGUUGGGCCAACAAGCUGGAUGAUCUUACCAAAGUGUCCACCUCUGACCCAGAGGGCUACCUGGCUCACCCAGUCAAUGCCUACAAACUGAUGAAGAGACUCAACAAAGAGUGGUCUGAACUGGAGAGUCUGGUGCUUCAGAACCCCUCAGAUGCGUUCAUUUCCAACAUGUCCAUGCACAGACAGUUCUUCCCAGAUGAGGAAGAUGAGACGGGUGCAGCCAAGGCACUGAUGCGUCUUCAGGACACGUACCAACUGGAUUCUGAGGCCUUCUCCAAAGGAAAGCUGCCAGGUAUGCACUCCAAUGCCAUACUGACAGUGGACGACUGCUAUGACAUGGGAAAGACGGCUUAUAAUGAUGCAGACUAUUACCAUGCUGUGCUGUGGAUGCAGCAGGCCUUGAAGCAGCUGGAUGCUGGGGAAGAAGCUGUGGUUUCCAAGGCAGACAUUUUGGACUACCUCAGCUACUCUGUUUACCAGAUGGGUGAUCUGCCUCGAGCUAUUGAGCUGACACGCCGGCUAGUGGCCAUUGACCGCAGUCACCAGAGGGCAGGAGGAAACCUCCGUUACUAUGAAGGGUUGCUGUUCAAGCAGCUCAAAGAACUGAACCAGGCCUACCAGCCUGUUUCUGAGGAGCCCAUCCAGCUGGGAACCUACAGCAGACCUAAAGACCAUUUGCCAGAGAGAGAGGCCUACGAGGCCCUCUGCAGAGGAGAGGGAGUCAGAAUGAAUGAAGCGAGGCGCAGCCGUUUGUUCUGUCGCUACCGGGAUGGUCAGAGGAACCCUCAUCUCCUGCUGAAGCCCGUAAUGGAGGAGGAUGAGUGGGACAGCCCCCACAUUGUACGCUACCUGAAUGUCCUGUCCAAUGAUGAGAUUGAGAAGAUUAAAGAGUUGGCUAAACCCAGGCUUGCCAGAGCCACUGUCCGUGACCCUAAAACCGGAGUCCUGACUACAGCUAACUACAGAGUAUCAAAAAGUGCAUGGUUAGAAGGAGACGAAGACCCGGUCAUUACUAGAGUCAAUCAGAGAAUAGAGGACAUCACAGGCCUUACAGUAGACACUGCAGAAUUAUUACAGGUUGCUAACUAUGGAGUUGGAGGACAGUACGAGCCACAUUAUGACUUCUCAAGGCGUCCUUUUGACAGCAACUUCAAUGGCGAUGGAAAUAGACUUGCUACCUUCCUGAACUACAAAGAUGAGCCAGAUGCUUUCAAAAGAUUAGGCACUGGAAAUCGUGUGGCUACUUUUUUGAACUAUAUGAGUGAUGUUGAGGCUGGAGGUGCCACAGUCUUCCCGGACUUCGGAGCAGCAAUCCACCCUAGAAAGGGAACUGCAGUAUUCUGGUACAAUCUGUUCAAGAGCGGGGAGGGAGACUAUAGGACCAGACAUGCAGCCUGUCCCGUCUUAGUAGGAAGUAAAUGGGUGUCAAACAAGUGGAUUCACGAGCGAGGACAAGAGUUCAGGAGACCGUGUGGCCUGACGGAAGUGGACUGAAGUUUGACCCUCACCCAUGCAACAUGCAAACACACACACACACACACACACACACACACACACACACACACACACACACA